AUGACUGAAAGUAAUGAAAUAAAUUAUAGUUUAGACAAAAAUGAUAUACAGAUUGAUUAUACAACAUUAACGCCUCGUUUUUCAGUAACAAAAAUAGAUAGUCUUAAUGAUGGCAUUACUCAUUUAAAUGAACAUGGUUAUGCAAUUUUUAGUGAUAUUAUGUUACCAAAUGAAAUUAAUAUCAAUAAAGAAUUAUUAUGGAAUUUUUUAGAGAACAUUCCCGGGCGUCAUAUUCAACGUAAUGACCCAACAACAUGGUCAAAUAAUUGGCCUGGAAGUGAUCGAUUUGGUAUUGUUAAUGAUGGUGGUAUUGGUCAAUCAGAUUUUAUGUGGAAUAUUCGUUCCAAUCGAAAUAUAAAACGAGUCUAUUCUAAUAUAUGGAAUACAAAUGAACUGUUAGUUUCAUUUGAAGGUUGUGGAGUGUAUCGUAAUUGGUAUUAUGAACCAAAAUGGAAAACAACAACAGGAUGGUAUCAUGUUGAUCAAAAUCCAUAUUUAAAACCAGAUCGUUGUUGUAUACAAGGUUUUGUUUCAUUAACGGAUCAAAAUGAAACUACUGGUGGUCUUAUCGUUUUCCCAUAUACUCAUUUACGUUUCAGUGAAUUAAAAGAUCUUAAACAUCGUUCACAAGAUUUCGUUGUAAUUCCAAAUACUCAUUCGAUUCUUGACAGUGGUCGUGCUAUUGGAAGAUUUAUUCAAUGUCAAGCUGGUGAUCUUGUCCUAUGGGAUAGUCGUCUUGUACAUUGUAAUUCUUCUGCAUUUGUUUAUGACGAACGAUUAAAAACUCAAUCAAUUGAUUUCCUAAGAAUUGUGGCUUAUAUCAGUAUGAGUCCGACGACAUUUGUACGUGAUCAAACAAUAGAUCGAUUUCGAAAACAAAGAAAACUCAUAGUACAAAAUAAUGGUACAACAAAUCAUUGGAGUACUGAGAUAAUCGAAUCAAGUAAAAGUGGUUCUACGUAUAAUUUACCUAAAAUAUCAUUAGAAAAACUCGAUGGAUAUCAACGUGCAUUAAUUAUUGGUGUAAAUUUCGAUGAUGAAUAA